GUACGUACAGAGCACAUGGCUGUUGUUGUUCAAAGCGAAUCCUUCGAGUCGCGCGCCCUCUCGCUUCUGAUCUUCAUGGCAUCUUGUCUCGUCUCUCUUCUCCUUCUUCCAAACACAUCCCCCCCUCCCUUCAAAGCCCUUCCUUUGUUCGUUGGCAGUGAGAUCUCACUCCAUUGAUGUCGGAGUUAAAGCGAAGCGAACGCCGA